AUGAUUGUCAAUUUAAAAUAUUUCAAAAAACAAUGGUCGGACUUUCCCGCGUUCGGAAUCUCGUCGUUUAGAGUAACGAACCCGGAUCCUCGCAAAACCUUGUACGGGUUUACGGCUUUGCAGUUGUGGUUUCAAUUGUUUUCAAUUAUACUGUUAGUCAACAGCUGCUUAUUAGAAUGGUACGUCGAAAAGGGCGGCAAGAUGUCCAAUGAUCGAUGGAUCGGUUACGGUCAGUUUUACUUCAAUGCCUCUCUGCUAUUCCAAAUAUGUGACGUCAUAUUGUCAAUGUACGCGAGUUAUCAUUUACGGAAUGCCACGACCCGAUACAAUAACAUACAAGACGUCAGGAUAUGGAUCAUAGUCAACAACAUUUACCUCUUGUCGGCGAUAAUGUGUUUUCUAUUCGUUUUGUCCAGAGUCGGGAGUGUAGUAAUAUGCAUUAAAUCGAUAACCAUAUUGAUAUUUGCCAAUUACAAGAUAUACAUCGUUCAUCAGAUUUACAAAGAUGAAAAAUCGUCGAACAUUUUUUUGGAACAAGGUCCACCUCUGUUACCUAAUUUACAAAAAUCUGUCGACGGAGAUAAUCUGUUGCCUCAGAAUUACGACACCGCGGAAAUUGAAGUGGAAUCGUCAGAAAAAGUCACCUUCGAAUCACUGCUCUACACUGCAAAUUAA